GUGUUGUAUUGAUUGAAUUGAGCGCAGGUUUAGCUACCGAAUGCUCUCAUCCAAUCGAAAGGGAUCCCGUUAAACGAUCGUGUUCACGCUUCUCCUCUAAUGGACCUGUUAAAGAGCUCAAGCACACCUUCAUCACUGACAUCUGACCGAGGCGCCUCACAUCAGACCAGAAGCUGCAUCCACUUUCUGCGUCUGCUUUGUUAGAGAAUACAGAAAUAAGCUAUCAGAAAUUCUGCUGGAAUUUGGAAAAUGCUUGAAUAUCAGGAGUCCGGAGCGAAAACAACAUCAGGUCAUCGGAUUUCAUUUUCGAUUAUUGACAUAUUGGAUCCUAAAAAGUUCACAAGUAAAAAAUCACAUGCCGUGUCGGAGAAAGAACGGGCAUCAUCUUCAGAAAGCACAGAAUUUGGAGGUUUGGAGGAAAGUCCUGAGCACGAAGGAUCGUUUUCCAGCUGCAAAAAUACAGAAAAUCGAUCAGCUGAUGAACACCAAAGUUGCGUCAGGCUCCAUCCUCCUGAUCCAGAUGUUGACUUGGACUCAUCAGCCUCACUCAGAAAUGUAAGCUCAGGCUUUUCUCCUUCUGAAGAACCGGAUGAGGCAGAUGAAGAGAGAAUGAGUCCAGCGCUGGAGGAUGUGUCGCGUCAGCGGCGGCGGCGCUCUGAUCACAGCUGCGCGAAGCCGCGGCGCGCCAGAACCGCAUUCACAUACGAACAGCUGGUGGCUCUGGAGAACAAAUUCCGCGCAACGCGUUAUUUAUCCGUAUGCGAGCGACUAAAUCUCGCGCUCUCUCUGAGCCUGACCGAAACCCAAGUCAAGAUUUGGUUCCAGAACCGAAGGACCAAGUGGAAAAAGCAAAACCCUGGCGCAGAGAGUUCCCUGCAACCCGGCACGAACAUCAGUCAGACCUGUGGGUCCACAUCUGCCCUCCACCCGCCAUUCAGCACCGGGAACGUCAUAUUUCAUUCUGGUCCAGUGCACCUGGCAUCUUCCGGUGGGCUUUUGCAUCCGUUUUUGCCCGAUGGCUUUCUCCAACCAGCAUUCUUCCCCCCUCACUUAUGAAGUCUGGAAGGAGGAAUGAUCAAAGACUACGUAAAAAUGUGAUUUUAUAAAGUGGAUUACUUGUUCAGCGAUCCUCAAAAGAAGGGGAUCAGUCUUAUUAUGUAAUAAUUAAUUAGGUCUUAAAUUAAUUGAUAUGUAGCCUAACUGUUUUCAGUGAUACAUGUGAGCAGAAAUAUACCUUGGCACUCACUUUAAAUCUUAAAGCUGAGAUGUAUCUUUCUUUUUAAUAUAUUGGUCCUGUCAGCAGUUUGAUACAUUACUGUGGAUUACUAGCAUAACAUUCUUUAAAUAACUUGAAAUGAAAGACAGUGAUGUUCAUUAAAAUAUGUAGAAACAUGUUGAUGAGGUCAUCAAUAAAAUCAGACUAAAUGUCAU